AUGGCGUACUAUCCCGACUGGGCUGGGCUAGACUUCCCGCCCGAGAAGAUUGACUUCGGCAGAUUCGACUGGAUCGACUUUGCCUUUGCCCUGCCCAGUCCUCAGUUUGGACUUACUUGGGACGACCCAACGACUGCACCUAUGCUACUGAACAGGCUGGUUGCUGCGGCACAUGCUAAAGGGAAGAAGGUCAAGCUUAGUAUUGGUGGUUGGACCGGCGCUAAAUACUUCUCUCCGGCUGUGUCCAGCGCUGCAAACAGGGAGAUCUUUGUCAACAAUAUUGUGGAGACGUACCACAAGUACGAGCUCGACGGCAUUGACAUCGACUGGGAAUAUCCGGGCCAGCCGGGCCAAGAGGGCAACAUUUGGACUCAGGACGACACGUCCAACUAUUUCUUAUUCUUGGUACUGUUGCGUUCGCAGCUUCCUCCUACUGCCCGUAUCUCCGCCGCUACCCAGGUCGUCCCCUUUGCCGAUCAAAACGGUCAGCCGUUGAAGAAUGUAACCCCGUUCGCUUCCGUGCUCGAUUGGAUCCUAAUAAUGAAUUACGACGUCUGGGGAUCGUCUUCAAACCCUGGACCUAAUGCUCCCUUGAGCAACGCAUGCGGUAAUUCCACGCAGCCCGAGGCGAACGCGUAUUCAGCCAUAGGUGCCUGGGUUGGCGCUGGAAUGCCCGCAAGCAAAAUUGUACUUGGUGUCCCCUCCUACGGAUACAUCUCCCGUUCAACCGCGACGAAACUCCGCACUCGUGCAGGGCUCGAGGUAGACGGCGAAGAGGUCACAGUUGCAGACGCUGUAAUCCUAAAAAACGAAGACGGCGGGAGCGACAAUGGGCAGCUCCAGUUCUCCGACCUGGUCUCUCAAGGGGCGUUGGUCGGGCCUUCCUUCGAUGGCGCCGGGGGCUUCACCAGACAUUGGGACGAGUGCUCUAGCACGCCUUACCUUACCUCCACAGGCGCUGAGCAAGUCAUCACGUACGACGACCCCCAGAGUCUGCAAUUAAAGGCGGCGCUAGCUAAAGAGCAAGGGCUACUUGGCGUUAACAUGUUCGAUGUCCAUGGGGACACAGAUCAGUGGGACUUGAUAGACGCUGUGAGGAAAGGGCUCGGGUUGAUUCACUAGAAAUACUUGAAGUCAUUUGGUAGAUAGAUCGCUUUUGCGAGUUACUUGUAUAUCUAACGGUCUAAUUUAUUUCACUCGUCAUACUACGCGCUAAUCUGCAGCGAUAUCUCGACAACAGAACUCCUCCCCAUCGGAGUAACUGCGCUUUCUCGGAGCUCCCUUCCUGGACUGACGGCUCCUGCUU